UGUUUAAAUCAGGCCAGGAGCACAUCCAUGAGUGGCUGCGUUUUGAGACAGAUAAGACUUUAUUGUUUAUCAAAUGACUGUUUACCAGAUGCAUAGAUAAUUUGUGAAGAAAACCCCUCCAACGCUACUGUAAUAUAUGAAGUGCCAGGCAACGACGUUUCCUCCACGUUCACUCUGAAUGCAAGCUCCAAGCGGGUGACAUGGCAACUGGAGGCACUCCUUUUGAUGACAGUGCAGAAGAGCUGCACAACUGGACUGUAACCAAUGGCAGCCUGGAAGAUAGACUCAACAACAUGGACUGGGGUGUACAGCAGAAAAAGGCCAACCGAUCUUCAGAGAAGAACAAGAAGAAGUUGUCAGCUGUGGUGGUGGAGAGCCGUCUGACUAAUGAUAUUUCGCCAGAGUCCACCCCCGGCGCUGGUCGCAGGAGAGCACGCACUCCUCAUUCCUUCCCCCACAUCAAAUACACCACCCAGAUGUCUGUCCCGGACCAGGCCGAGCUGGACAAGCUGCGUCAGCGAAUCAAUUUCACAGACUUGGAUGAGAGGAGCAUUGGCAGUGACUCCCAGGGGCGUGUCACAGCUGCCAACAACCAGCGGCAGUUAGCGGGAGAGAAUAAGAAGCCCUACAACUUCCUACCUCUGCAUGUAAACACUAACAAAAGCAAGGAGCUGCCUCCCUCCUCCUCUGCCCCAGCCACGCCAGCUAUCACCAAGGAAACUAAGAAGCAGAGUCAGGGACUGAGGGAUACAUUAACCCCUUUGGUUCCUGCCAAGGAUACUCCAAGGCUCAGUCGUGGUAGCACCGAGAGAGGGCCCUUAGCGCACAGACAAUAUGGGAGAGGAGAGCCGAGAAUAGACAGCAGCCAGGUGGUGAGCAAACUGGUGCAGAUCCGAGAGUACAUCAGUAAGGCCAGCUCCAUGCGGGAUGACCUGGUGGAGAAGAACGAUGUGCCGGCCAACGUGGAGCGUCUCUCCCAUCUCAUUGACCACCUCAAGGAGCAGGAGAAGUCCUAUUUACGGUUCCUGCAGAAAAUGCUGACACGGGAGAAUGAGGAGGAUGAUGUAGGGACCCUGGACUCUGCAGUGGGCUCCGGUUCAUUGGCAGAGAGCACUUCUCUUAACAUUGAGGUCCGUUCUUCAGAUGCCUCAAAUGCAACGGGUUGUGGGCCAGAAACGGUUCGAGCUGACCAGAAGGAAGAGUUGGAGAAUCUGCGUAAGCAGCACGAGCUGCUAAAGAAGAUGCUGGAGCAGCAGGAGCAGCUCAGGGCCCUGCAGGGCCGACAGGAAGCACUAAUGGCCAUGCAGGACAGUGCAGAACAAGCACUUGCUGUCAUUGAAGACACUGUUGUCACAGAAACCACAGGCAGUGUUUCAGGCCUGAGCAUUACAUCAGAACUGAAUGAUGAGUUGAACGAUUUGAUCCAACGGUUCCACAACCAGCUACAUGACUCUAAGACUAAAGCAGUGCCAGACAACCGUCGGCAGGCAGAGAGCCUUUCCCUCUCUAGAGAGGUGUGCUGGUCUAGGGCCCCCCAGGCUGUUGGUCCACCUCAACACAGGCCUCUCCUCCACUCUGCCUCUGGUCCCCACACUGGCCUAGACACUGGGGCAACAGCUGCCAGUGCCAAACUCACUAAGCUCCAAGAACUCCAAGACAAAAAACAAACCAUGGACAAGAUCUUACAGGAGCUGCAUUCACUCAGAGACCAGACACUCAACAAUAACUCAUGUCGUGGCUUGUCAACACAGUGCAGUCUGAGCAUGGGAGGAUCUUCAGAUUGUCCAUCUGCUCUCUGCUCCAAUGGGGCCUCAGCUUCCACUUCCUUUCAUCCUUCACUCACGCAACAACAGGACAGCUCCAAUUCCACGGACAAGCUCAGAAAGCUGAAGGAGGUCCACAAGCGUUUGAAUGAACUCCGGGAAUUGGUUCAGUAUUAUGAGCAGACUUCUGACAUGAUGGUGGAUGCUGUCAAUGAGAAUGUGAAAGAGGAUGACGACGAUGAUGAGGAGGAGGAAGAUGAGACGGAGGACGGUUCUAUGUUUGAGGCCAUGUUUGACUCUGAGCAGGAGAACCGUCAUCCUGUAACUAACAUCAGAAACACACAGCGCAGUGGGAACUGGACAGACUUGAACAGCCUGACCAACGGGCGCAGUGUCAGGAGUAGUGCCACUAACAACCGCGAUGGCAGACUCAACACGGAGCGUGAGAUCAACAAUCGGUCAGCAGCCAACCUCCGCAGUCUCAACAUCCCCUCAGCCAUAGAGUGCCAGUACAAUAGAGACGUUCCCUAUAAUCAGGUGAAGGAUGACGAUGACGAUGAAGACGGUCUUGAUAAUGAUGAAGGGGCACAGGCUGUGGCUCCAGACAGUGAGGCAUCGGGGUCUAGUCGAAGAAGCAGUCUGGGGAACGAUGGAGGUUUCGUACAGAAGGUUCAUCGACAGACAGCGAAGCAGAAACUGCGGCAGCUUCAGGAACUGGUGGCCAUGGUUCAGAGUGAUGACACAGAUGGCACAACAGCUAAUGAGGAUGAAGUUUUACACCAGCAGCCAAAUAAUACCAGAGCCACCAUGGCUGGGUUGUUGGGGUCUGGAUCUAAACAGAAUCCUAGAGAACUCAGUCUCUCCAGCAAGGCCAGGGAGAAGCUGUAUGAGGAGAAGCUACGUCAGCAGAAGCAGGAGCUGAAGCAGCUCCAUGAAGAGCGCCAGAGACUCAUUGAAAUCCAAGGCAAGAUCCAGGACCUGCAGUGGGCUUGCCCUGACCUCCAGUCAUCUGUGUCAAGCACAAUAAGUCAGCAGGGCUUGCUGAGGAAGGUUCCUGUUGCAGUUUCCACUCCGGCCACUGUCCAGGCUUCCUCUUCCCCUGGACCCAAAACCAACUCCGCUGUGCUCAAACCCACUGCUCCAGAAGCAGCUACUUCUUCAGUCACUGACAAUGAGCAGCUUUGGUCAGAGAUGCGUCGCCACCAGAUCUUGCGGGAGGAGCUACGACAGCGCAGGAAGCAUCUAGAGUGCUUGAUGGCUGAACACCAGAGGCGUAGCGGUCUCGGUGACUCUCCCCAGCGUGUUGACGACCAAGAAGGCCUUGCUACACCCUCACAACCUGUCAGUAGGGAUGAGAGGACAAUGGCCACAUGGGGUUCCACUCCCUGCCACCUAGAUGAUGAGGAUGAAGAUGAGGAUGAAUAUCACUCAGAGAUGGGUGCAGAGGAAGAAGAGGAGCAGGAAGAUUGUGCAGAGAGCAGCUCAGAUGACGACAUCCACAUCUACUCUUCCAGCAGGAACCAGUGCUCUUACAGUAACAGGAAGAACCAAGCAAGCAACCUGAAGCCUCCACUGGCCUUCUCAGGUGAGGGUAGUGGGACUCCAUCUCUUCAUAACAAGACUAAGGCCAAGCAGCAACAGCAGCAGCAGCAGUCCAUAAGUUUGAACCAGUCUGCGAGCCAGCAUGGAGGUGCACGGCGGCAAGAGAACCUGCGCUGGGCCUCCGAGCUCUCCUUUGCCGAGGGCUCAUGUCACUGGCAGGAACAGGUCAGCCAGCUGCAGAGACAGCUGGACUUCAGCACAAGCAUGUGUCAGACACUCCUGCAGGACCAGCAGACACUCUCUUAUAUGUUACAAACGCUGCUGACAGGUCAGUACAGCGUGUUGCCCAACAACCUGUCGUCACCACAGGUCCACCUGGUCAUGCACCAGCUCAACCAGUGUUACACCCAACUGGCUUGGCAGCAAAACAAUGUGCAAAGACUAAAGCAGGUCCUGAACGACCUCCUUCGUCAGCAGCAACAGCAGCAUCAGCAGGCGUCGUCCUCAGCAGCAGGUUGGCAGACACAGAAGCAGGGCUCAUCCCAGGAAUCCAGCUCUGGUCCCUCAGCCUCUCCUGGUGUCUUUCUCCCAUUCUCCUCAACCCUGCAUCCUUCUGCCAACAACAUGUCGACUGCUGCCUUAUCCCCGUUCCCUCCCAGCUUUAGCUUAUAUCCACUCUUCCCUGCUCCCAUGGGUGAGUUCCCUCAGGGUGCAGCAGGCCAGGCAACCCCUGACCAACAGAAGCAGCAGUUAGACCCCAACACUUCAAUAAAAACAGAGUACAUGAGUUUCCCUCCUCCACUGCAGCGCUCUCCUCUUAACACCACUACAGAGAGAGGAGCGUCUGGGUGGCUUAACACCGCCUUUGCAAACAACACCGCCUUUGCAAACAACACCGUCCAGAAUCACCAGUCUAAACCGGAGCCCAGAGAGUCUCCCUCUUCCUCCCCCACUUUUGCCAACCGCCACUCCCGACCACAAGAAUUUGACAGGGCUUCACAGGAAAGCUUCAGCAGCAUGCCUGAUCCCGUUGAUCCCACCACCAUCACAAAGACUUUUAAGGCCGGGCGCAAGGCCUCUGCACAAGCCAACCUGGCCUCCCGAAGCAAGACACCUAAUUCUAAGAGUCGUCGCAGGAGGAGCAAAGGGCACAGCAAGAACAGUGAAGGCCACGACAGUGACAGCGUUAGCAGUACUGCAGACUUUGCCCAGGAGAGGGCACCCCUGUCUCGUCAGAAGGAUCAGAAUAAGAGUCUGUUGGACAAGCUGACACAAGAGAAACUUGACAGCAAAACUAAGCUUGGAAACAAACGAAAUGACCUUUCCUCUGCCUAUGCUUGGAGAACACCCUUCCUCUCUAACAGAAUUGCAUGCACAGAAGCACCAGAUGCAAGCAGCGACUUUUCACUGUUCGAGGCACUGAGGGAGACUAUCUACUCUGAAGUGGCUACUUUGAUAUCCCAGAAUGAAUCCCGUCCCCACUUUCUCAUCGAGCUCUUCCAUGAGCUGCAGCUGCUCAACACAGACUACUUACGGCAGAGGGCACUGUAUUCCCUACAGGACAUAGUGACCAGGCACCUGGCAGAGAAGAGUGCAGCUGAGGACCAGUUGCCCCCUCUUGGUCCCGUAGCGUGGGCUGCAGGCUCGCAGUCGGAGCUCACACCCAGUGAGAGUCUGGCUACAAGUGAUGCAGAGGUGGUGGAGAAAAACUUGAGGUUCACACAGGACACGAUGAAGAAGAGGGAUGAUGCUGAAUCUGUGGACAAUGAGAGCACCAUGUCAACCUCUUCCAACCUGGAACCAUUUGCUAAUGAUGAUCUGGGCAACACGGUGAUUCAUUUAGACAAAGCUCUGGCCAGGAUUAGGGAGUAUGAGCGCAUGAAGCUUAAAGCUGAGUUUAACCCCUGCAACGCCAGCACUGCAGGUGCAGGUGGCUCUGAAGUCUCAAAUGCUGAACAUCCUUCUCCUAACCCCGCUGACCAAGUGGAAGGAGCUGCAGCUGGUGAUGUGCGGUGCCCUCAGAUUGACACCCAGCAGUUGGAUCGUCAGAUCAAAGCCAUCAUGACAGAAGUCAUUCCUUUCCUUAAGGAGAACAUGGAUGAGGUGUGUUCCCUCCAGCUGUUGACGUCUGUGCGGCGAAUGGUUCUCACUCUCACCCAACAGAACGAUGAAAGCAAAGAGUUUGUCCGCUUUUUCCACAGACAGCUGGGAGGCAUACUGCAGGACUCUCUUAGUAAAUUUGUGGGCCGUACUCUGAAGGACUGUGGGGAGGACCUGCUGGUGGAGAUCUCAGAGAUCCUCUUCAAUGAACUCGCCUUCUUCAGGCUCAUGCAGGAUUUGGACAACAGCAGCAGCAUUGCCUUGGCAACCAAACACAAAAAUAAGAAGAGGCCCGAGCAAACGAGUAGAGGAAACCAUAAUCUCAAGGAAAAUACAGCAGCUGGUGGUGAUAAAUCCAUUUCUCCAGCCUACACAGAUGAAGACAAGGACCAAGAUGAGGCUGAGCAGGAAGGUGACUCAACUCUCCAAGGGCUUUACCUGCAGACGGAGAGAAAGAACAGCAGGAGCAGUGAAGCUUCAGAGGUUGAAGAGGAAGAUGAGGAUGAAGGGGAUGGACAAGGAAUACCUUUGUCAAUCAGUCUUUCCAAAGCAGAGACUCAGGCCCUGACAAACUACGGCAGUGGAGAGGAUGAGAACGAGGAGGAGGAAAUCGAGGAGUUCGAAGCUGGACCUGUCGAUGUCCAAACAUCCUUGCAGGCUUCCGCUGAUGGACAGGUGGAGCAGGAGGGGACAACAUGCAGUGGAACCCAGGAGACCAAAACUGUAGAGCUCAGUUCAAAGAAUGAUGAUGAAAAGUCAGUAGGGAUUGUGGACUCCACAGAAGAGGAGCAUGACAUGGCAGCGUGCCAGAGUCCCGAGGCAGAGAGUGAAGUUGGCGCAGCUGCCGCCUCAGAAGAAAGCUCUGCGGUCUCUCAUGGUCAGGAAGUCCCCAAGGAGUCAAACGCCACUAGCAGCCCUGAUACAGAGUCACCCGUCAUGAUCAAUGUAGAUGAGAUGGGCUCAGGUAACACCAGUCAGAAAUCUGACGAGGAAGACUUUGUGAAGGUGGAUGAUUUGCCACUGCAGCUUACAGUCAUGUGUGAGGAGGAACUACAGAAGAGAAUAGUGGAGGAGCAGCAGAAUAACAACCUGUCUGUAGAGAUCCUCAAUGGGAACACUGAAUCGCUGACUGGGCUGGUGGGAAAUGCACAUGCACUGAAGGAACCAGACACUGUUGGUGCCGAGAGUGUGUAAAGAUUUAUACUGAUGUCUCAAUCUACUGUUUUUAGCAACACUAUGCUCGUACCCUCAAUCUGCUUUGGAGAUAUGAUUGUUGAUUCUUUAUCUGCUAGUUUUAAGGAGCAAAGGCUCAUAAUAUUGGUCACAAGUUAGCUGUGACUCUGUUACACACAACAGAUAAAACUAAACAUCCACACAUAACCAACACUUAGUUCCUUUUAUUCCUGAAUGUUUAAUGUGAUUCAUUGGUAAUCUGGGGAGGGGGGGUCUUUAUGCUGCUGGUUACUGACAGUUAAGACUCUUUUGGGAUAUUUAUAGUACUGAAACUCCUCUUCAGAUCCACCUUAGUCUCUUCCUUGGUUCUGGGAUCAGUUUGACAUAAGUUGUGACUUUUUAAAUGUUUUAUUUGUCUUGGCCUGGCCUUAUUGCUGUACAGCUUGUCUUUUCUGCACUUGAUUCCCAAUUAUAAAGAGAUUAAAGUAGGAUGGAAGUUCAGUUGUAGCCUGACUGACUUCAGCGAUUUGUUUCUCCAGCUUGGACACUUUUUUUCCUUUAUACCCGAG